AUGAGCUUUAUAUCAUCAACGGUUUACUUUGUUCCUUUACUGGUACUGCUCUCUGUAACAGUAAAUGCGCGAGAGGAUCAAGUAGAAGACCCUCAUCGACACCAUCGACAUCGUAUUCGAUCAACGUUUCAGCGACGAAGACAACCAGUUUGCGUCCACGGCGAACCUGUGGAUGGUGAAUGUGAAUGUGAACAAAACUAUACAGGCCGACAUUGUGAAAAAGAAAAACACUGCUCUUCAUUUCGACGUUAUCGGAAUGGAUCGUGUCCGUCAUGUUCGCCAGGAUAUUAUGGUGAAUUCUGUGAAGAGAUCCAUUGCGUUCAUGGAGAACCGAGCAGUCUUGGUAGGUUUGCUACCCUUUUGCGCAUUUUUAUCUCCGAUCAAUCAAAGAAAUUCAGUGCUACAACAAUAAUAUAUAUGUUUUAA